AGAUAGAAGCUACCACCUGAAAUUCCCACCGAGCCCUUCUCUCAUUCCGCUCAUUGCAGUCUCAACAUAAGAUCUCGCAUUUCUUCCUUUCAACCAUCCUAGACCAAAAAAAUGGCCGAUAUGAAGACCAUCACUGCUGAGGAGUUCAAGCAGCACAACUCCAAAGACAGCCUCUGGGUCCUCUUACAUGGCAAAGUGUACGAUGUGACAAAAUUUCUCGACGAGCAUCCCGGGGGUGAUGAAGUGAUUUUGGCUGAGAAGGGGACCGACGCAACCGAAGCGUUUGAGGACGUCGGACACUCUGACGAGGCUCGCGCACUGCUGCCAGAUAUGCAGAUUGGCGUGUUCUCUGGCGACAUGAAAGCAGGCGCCUCUGCCGCAGCAACUGAGGCGAUGGCUGCGGGCCACCAUGUCAACAAGCCCCCACAAACAAGCGUGAUCUCCUACCUGCUCCCCCUCGCUUUCUUGGGUGCCUAUCUGGCCUACCGCUUCUACCUCUCUCAACAAUAAACGGCUCGCCCCCGGCAGCGAGGACAGAACUGCAUUUUCCUCUCCAAUCUCUCCCCCUUUUGGCUUAGCUUGGUUCCACCUCACCCCUCCAUUGCUGCCCCUACCUGUCGUAGAUAAACGCCUUUGUGCUGCCUGACGGCAGGGGCCAACGGAUAUCUAUGCCUGUUCGGCCGAUUCUCUAAUCUGCAUUCUUUAUUGGCUAGUUUCAGGUUCUCCCACAGCCAAGAUGAGUGCCAGCGC